AUUAAUGAUUGGUGCAUUCGAUCAGGCGAAAGCCUCAAUGCUUCUCUCCACAUAUUUUUCUCAUUCUCUCUCUUUCACUGUCAAGUUAUGGCUUUUGAAUCCAAACAUCAUCUAAAUAAACACUCUCUCCACAUCAAGAACUCCCACAAGUUCUCUGUCUUCCAAAAUGUCCUUAAACCACUUCUCUUCGGACUGCCAUCUCCACCACCCCAAAUCAUCCGCCUCCGCCGUCGACCACCACCUCAUCCACCACCACCACCACAAGCACCCCAUGUUCGAAAAGCCCUUGACUCCGAGCGACGUUGGCAAGCUCAACCGCCUCGUCAUCCCCAAGCAAUAUGCUGAAAAGUAUUUUCCACUUUCCCCCGGCGGCGACACGGCGGACAAGGGCUUGCUUCUUAGCUUCGAAGAUGAGUCCGGUAAGAUGUGGCGCUUCCGUUACUCGUAUUGGAAUAGUAGCCAGAGCUAUGUGCUCACUAAAGGGUGGACCCGCUUUGUCAAAGAGAAGCGCCUUGACGCCGGUGAUGUCGUCGUCUUUGAACGCCACCGCCGUGAUGGGGAUAGGUUGUUCAUUGGGUGGAAGCGGCGCUCGCCGGUGUCCACGGCGGAGACGGCGGCGGCGACUAGAGUCUUCUGUUCUUCAAACCCAUAUCCUUCUCAUCAUCAUAAUCAUAAUCAUCUUCCUUCACCGCCAUACCAAUCUUCUGAUUGUCCUCAUGCAGAGUCCUCUGUUCAGAGUCAAACAGUGUCGGUUGGGAAUUCAAAGAUACUGCGUCUGUUCGGGGUGGACUUGGAGUGCCAAACCGACGUGUCGGAACCUGAACAGCCCUCCACGCUCGGUGGCGGGUCGGGUCUAUCGGGUCAAGAUCCAACCCUUCAUAGCUUCUACACACACUGACACUAUUUCUCAUCACAUGGUAUGACAACUCAACUCAUUAUUAUUACUUUUUCCUUGGAAUUUGUUUCAUCUAAUCAGACAGAUUAGAGUCAAGUGAGAUAGGAAAGGAAGAAAAA